CUCUGGUCAGGCCGUUCAAGGUCGUUGAAACGAAAGGGUGGGCAGAUUCGAACGACUCUAACGUUUUAACCGUGCCUAUAUGCAUUUACGUGAUACCUGUUACGUGCAAGUUGUACCAAAAACAAUCAUUUCCAGUGUGUGGAGGCUUGAAUUUAUUCAACUUCAACAGGUACCCCUCACAGUAUGUCAACGUCUAAUAUUUUGCUAGUUACAGGGAGGCCAGGUAUCGGUAAAACCACUUUGGUUUCUCACGUCUUUGAAGAGCUUCUUAAAAAUGGUAUACAGGCGGUUGGUUUUAAGACAGAAGAAGUUCGACAGUUCUAUUCAGGAAAGUCUACUCGUUUUGGAUUUGAUGUAGUUCUAUUCGAUUCAUCUCGAACAUAUCCUAGAGCUUCAUUAGCUCGCCUAAUUAACCAUUCAAGUCAACAAGUACAACAUCAACCUCGUGUUGGUCAGUACCUAGUAAAUAUAUCAUCGUUUGAGAGUUUGGCUAUUCCUUGUUUACAGGUCAGCUAAUUUCAUUGAGUCUAUUAUAAACGAUUUGGAAAACGUUUCUUCCAUUAACAAUGUAAGAAAAGAUGAUUUAAUAAUCUGCAUCAUUGACGAAAUUGGUAAAAUGGAGCUAUGCUCAUCAAAGUUCACUUAUCUAAUUGAAAAGUUGAUUUCAUCAAUUUCAAAUUUACCUACAAAUAGUCAACGUGAUAUAAAACAUCCUACAGUUGUUCUUUUGGCUACUGUACCAUCACCGAAAAGACAAGAUGGUACACGUGGUAUUCCGUUGGUCGAUCAUAUCUGUUCAGUGAAGGGGGCUUCAAUAAUAGAGGUAAGUUAGAAAUACUGUUUAAAUGAUAUACGUAUAUAUUUAUGGUUUCAAUGCAUUCGACAUGGAACUUUUGACUGCAUAGUUGCAACUAGGAAGUAAAAACAGCUUAAAUUGAUAUUUUUUCUUGAUAACCAUUGUGGUAUAUUCUACUUAUACUGGCAGAUAUUAAUACUAUGUAUCGGUAAUUGGAAAUAGGAUUCUUACUGUUAGAAGAAGGAAACGAGGAGAUGAGAAAGAAAAUCAAAAGCGGUCGGAUUAGCAACAGAAAUAGAAGUACGAUGAAGUUUGGAAGCGACAAUUUAAGGAAGUUUUGCAAUUGUUGUAUUCACUGUAUUGUUUUCAUAUUUUACAGAUGCAUUAUGUGAUUUUGCAUAAUACAAUAAAUUGAUUUACCUUACCCAAGACUUUGUUAAUUACACCAUGAUUGAAGUCCAUAAAUAAUUUACUAGGUAUUUUGACAUAUACGCCAUGGUAUUAUUUUCACGGUUUAUAUAUACUUACCACACUUGCUGUGCCGACAGAUUUAUAGAUGGUAGAAUUGUGUUAUAGUUUUUUUAUCGAACUCUACUCGUAAAUUUCUACACUGUAAUUCACCUGUGUGGUAAAUUUCAUUAGUUUUAAAAAAGAAUCAGUUCUGUCAGCAUAGGAUUGUAGAGAUUGUUGAGAUUUCAUGGAGAUUAUCAACCGAUCAAUGUUAGACUACCACUGGGGAUCUGGAAUCACUGAAUGGUCGUUUCGUCCUAGUAUGGGAUUACUCAGCAGCGCGCAUCUACGACUCCGCACGCGGGACUCGAACCCAGAACCUUCGGUCUCGCGCACUAAUGCUUAACUUCUAGACCGCCGGGAUCCAACUACGUCAAUGUCCGAUUUUAACCAAUCCACAAUAUUGCACGACCGCCUUCCACACUCGAUACGGUUCAUUUUCACUGGUCACUUUAUAAUUAUCAUGUGCUCUCUAGUGACCAGCUUCUAGAGGUAAUUCCCAGAGUUCUGGUGAGAAGCCAUGACCAGUGGAGUCCUAUCCGUGUCGGGUGUGGGAGUCGUCUACCUCAGGCGAUCGAUGAAGGUUUGGGCAAGAUUAUAGAUUGGUUGAAGUUAGAUAUUAACACUGCUGAAUGCGCCGGCUCAGUGGUCAAGAAGCCAAGCGUUCGCGCAUGAAACCGAAGGUCCUGUGUUCCAUUCCUGCAUGCGGGGCCGUGGGCUGCUGAGGAGUCCUAUGCUAGGAUGAAGCGGCUAUCCAAUGCUUUCAGGUUUUCAGUGUUAUUCUAACAUUGAUCGGUUUCUUUUUCCUACUAUUUAAAAACUUUGAUGACAAAUUAUUAAUCAAAAAAUCGUCACAAAUCGAGUUAAAUCACAAAAAAAUAAGAAAGGAAAUUGCACUACUAAUCCAGUUACACGUACUUCUGAUCUUGAUUUCUUCUAUUCAACCCGAUUUGUCGUAUUUUGUCCUGUUCAAAAGAAGAAAAAACGAAUGACAAAGUACUAACGUCAUGCAUUUGCAUCAAUUCUUAGUUAAUUAAAUUGAAUUGAAUCGAGUUUUAUAUGAUCUUUCAUUUCGAUUAGUCUUGUAGUUUGAUAAACGAUUUGAGUUAUGUAUGUGAUCAAUAAAUGAUCCCUAACGAUACAAUGUGUGGCUAAUUAAUAACUGAUUAUAAGAUGGAACUAUUGACAUACAGAUUCCAAUGAAUGGAUAUCAAGGGACUGGAAAACUAACCCGUAGAUUAGAUUUUUCUUUAAAGGAAAUGAUUAGAUGUUACUUAAGAAAUCAGUCAGUCAGUAACAACGUAGAACUUCGUACGUACGUACAUCAGUUCGAGUUGCCACACCACAUUAGCACAGAGAUGCACUUGUCGAUUCAAAUCCCGUAGUGGUAGAGGUAGCAAGAGUAUAAGCAGUACCCGUUUCCUAACAACUGUGUUACUUACUCGAUGGUCCCAUGAUAUAUGAGCAAUGUUUCGAAGACACCUAUGAUCAAAUACUAGUAACCUACGGAUAUCCUCUACUCUUACCGGCCAUGUUUCACUCCCAUAAAGUAGGACGGAACGAACUGCUGCGCAGUAAACACGUCCUUUGGUUGAUAGACGGAUAUCUCGCCUACGCCAUAAAUGACGCAAGUUGGCAAAAGCUAGUCGAGCCUUCUGUAUCCGUGCUGAGAUUUCGUCACACACUAAACCACAAGGGCUGAUGAGACUUCCAAGAUAAGUGAAGCGGUCGACACACUCAACUACUUCACUCCCUAUCACUAGUUCGGGUGUCGAUGUAACCCAAUCCUGAAGCAACAUUUUGCAUUUCGAGGGAGCGAAUCGCAUCCCGAACAUGCUUGCAUUGUUGCUUAGAGUGGCCAGAAGACUCUGCAUUUUGUCAGUGUCUUCACCAAAUAAAACGAUGUCAUCAGCAUAUUCUAAGUCAACAAGUGAACCUCCUGGUAGAAGUUCAACCCCUGUAUAUUUAGAUGAGGAGAGUGUUAUCUCUAAAAGUACGUCAAUGACAAAGUUGAACAAGAAUGGGGAGAGUGGACAGCCCUGACGAACACCACUUGAGGUGAUCAAUUCUGAUGACAGUUCGCCAUAAGCUCUCACUCGACCAGUUGUGUUCGAGUAGAGAGCCUUUAUAAGGUUAAUGUACUUCUGUGGUACUCCUUUCAGUGACAAACACUGCCAUAGAACCUCACGAUCAAUCGAGUCGAAUGCCGCCUUAAGGUCGAGAAAUACUACCAUUGUGGGGCGUCUGAAUGUGUGUCUGUGUUCUAGAACCUGACGUAGUGUGAAUAUCUGAUCUAUACAACCACGUCCAGGUCGAAAACCAGCCUGGUUUUCUCUAGUCUGCUCUUCACGAGCUUUAGUUAGGCGUCGAAGUAUUAUUGAAGCUAAUAUUUUAGACACUAUAUUAGUCAAACUGAUUCCUCUGUGAUUGUCACAAGAGGACUUUUGUCCUUUCUUAAAAACUGGCACAAUCAGUGAUUGAGACCAGUCAGAUGGGAUUACGUCCAGUUCCCAAAUUCUACCUAAGACCUCGGUUAAUCUCAUUGCUAAUACUGGACCACCAACCUUAAAAAUCUCAGGAGUAAACCUGUCAGGGCCUGCUGCUCUCCCUCGUUUCAGAUUUCCUAUGGCUUUUUCAACUUCGUAAAGGGACGGAGGACCUACAUUAACUUGCCAUUCAGGUUGACUGGAGAUCGUGGGAAACCGAAGUGUGGCUGAAGGCCAGUUGAACUGAUCCCUAAAGUGUUCUGCCCAUCGAUCCAAUCUCCUGGAUUGAGAAUGAAUAAUAUGUCCAUCUUUCUCUGAGAUUGUUUCGCUAACGGUCGGGUUCCUAAUUCCGGUUUCCUUAACGAGUCUGAACAAUUGUCUGCUAUUACCUAUUGCCGCUGCCUUUUCCAUCUCUCUUGCUUUCGCCACCCACCAAUGUUCGCGAUCAUUGCGUAGGCUUCUUGUCAGCUUGCGCUUAAGCUGACUCCGCUCUUCAUUAUGUUCAGAGCCAGGUGGAAUGUGUUUCCGAGCAUCUAUCAGUGAGAUAGAUGCUGCUGAGAUCCAGUGUUGCUCCCUAACCUUCUGGUUUACCUUACUAGCAGAUAUCACUGCUGUUUCCACAGCUUUUCGGAUAUCAUUCCAUGCUGCAUCGGGGUGGGCAUCACA